AUACUCAAUCAGUAGUAAUCGGACUUUUGCAUUAAGAGGUUGUAUUGAAAUUUAAAUCAUCAUAUUUAAAAUGCAUGUUUGUAUUUUGGGAGGUGGCAUCAAUGGCUUCUGCUGUGCCGUAAGAAUCUUGGAAUUCUACAAAAAGCAACAGAAACCAAUUGAGGUAACUUUAAUUUCUGAUAAAUUUACACCUAAUACCACAGGUGAUGGUUCGGCCGGUUUAUGGGGUCCCUAUUUAUUGGGCGGAACACCUACUUCCAAAGUGCACAAAUGGUCUAAAGGCAUGCAUGAUUUCUUGGAAGGAUUAUGGCUGUCAGAAGAUGCCGGUGAGGCUGGCAUUUGUCUAAUUCCAGUCGUACGUUUGACAACAGCUGAUACGCCUGUAGAUGACUUUUGGAAAGAUAUUGUUUAUGGCUGUGAACCAAUGUGCGAUAAGCUGUUGGCUGAGUACAAUGUAAACAGAGCAACAAAAUAUACCUCCGGAUUACAUUUCGUCACCUACACCUCGGAACCCCGAUUAUUACUUCCCUAUUUAAUUAAGCGUUUUAGAAAACAAGGAGGCCAAAUUCUUAAUGAAAAAAUUGAGAAUCUACAACAAUUCAUUGAGACCACUAAAUACGAUGUGGUCAUCAAUUGCACCGGAUUGGGUUCACAAGAAUUAUUAGGAGACAAAAGCAUGUUCCCCGUACGUGGUCAAGUUGCCAGAGUAAAAGCACCCUGGCUGUACUAUGUGGUUUUGGAUGAAAGUGAUGUAGGCAACUAUAUUAUACCAAACAUGGAAUCUGUGGUUUUGGGAGGCACUCACCAGGAAAACGAUUUCAAUACCAAAGUCUGUCCCGUGGAUAAAAAAUUCAUUGUUGAUGGUUGCCGUGAAAUUGUGCCACCUUUGCAUCAAGCCAAACACAUGUAUGAUUGGGUGGGUUUAAGGCCUGGCAGAACCAAUUUGCGUUUGGAACCUGAGCAAAUAAAAGGUAAUAAAAUAUUAAUCCACAAUUAUGGUCAUGGCGGCAGUGGUGUCACUUUAGCUUGGGGUUGUGCUGAAGAUGUUAUUGAGAUAUUGGAGAAGUCGUUGGAACAAAAACAUAAAAUUCCCGCCAAAUUGUAACACAAUAAUGUAAAAAUUACUUAAACACAGUUAAUAAAUUAAGAAGAAGUAAAAUGUUAUUAAAAAAA